AUGACCUCUCGUGCCCGUCAAUCUCUUUCCCUCCGACCCCUACUCCCUCCUCAUGUCAUAUAUGCAAUACCGCCCUCGUUAACUCAGAGCUUCCCAAAACCACCACCGGCUAUACCGUUCUUUCGUGAUCCUGGACAUACCGUACCUACCAAAUGGUCUUUAUACCGUCCCCUCCUGAGAUGUACAUCCUCAUCGGACUUAUCCUCGACAAGAAGAGAGAUUAGGACAAGAUGGAGGGAGACUAAAGGAUUAGUUUCUGUUCCUAAAGUACGCUCGUUCUUAGCAGAAUACUAUGACCUUUUGACAUACAUAACUUCGGACGAUAUCAGCCAUAAGGAAGAAAUUAGAUUGUUAGAAGACAAGUUGAAGGCGAAACAUGAUAAGCUCGAUCUUGACCUUAAAUUAGCUCAGGAAGCCAAACGACUUGAAGAUUUUCAAAGGAGAACACGCAAAUCUAAAAUGACAGGAUCAUUCCAUCGACCUACAUUGUUCAACCCACCUUUACCUCGUCUAAAACCUCAACCUAUCUCCAUAGGAAGUAUGAUUCAUAAUCGUCUACGAGCGAGAGAAAGACGCAUAGAACGAAGAAGACUUUAUGCGGGCUUAUUGACGGAUAUGAAAUUAGAGGUUGGAUUUUGGAAAUCUGUUACUCCGAUAGAGAACCAAGAUGAUUGGAGUAAGAGUAAAGAUCCGAGAUCUCCUGGUGGAUGGGAUGGGAUUAUCAAGAAUGAGUUGAAAGUUAUGGAUGAUAGGUUUAGGAACGAGAAUACUAGGGCGGAGAUGGUGUUUGAUGAGGGUUUGUCGGAGAGGAUAAGUAGAGCUAAGGAGAAGAAGGGGAGUUGGUGGAAGGGAGUCAAAGAGAGAGAAAAGGCUCAGAAGGGGAAAGAGACAUAA